CUUGUGCCCUGCCCAGGCUAAACAUUAGAUCCCGUGUCGGACGCGGGCUGACGUUAGGCGGAACUGUCCGUGUUCGUUGUGCCUUGAAGCGCAAGGGAGUUGCCCGGUGCAAUGACUCCACUCGGCGGCGCGAUCUUAAAAGGGGAGAAAUGCGUCUCAACUCUCUAGACGACACCUCUCAUGAAAUGCGGAGUAAAGCUGUGUUUACAUUCAACGUCGUUCCCGCUGCGAGGUGCGACAUUGGUAGACAUUCGACGGACUAUAUCAUAGUUGUUUAAUAUACAGUUAAGCGCGCACAAUCGUGAAUUGACGCAUCAGUUCUUUUUUCCGGUCUUUUUCGUCUAGCAGUUGUCACGAAGAGGUCAAACUCCUAGAGUCUUCGGUGCCUGAUCAGGCCUCCAACGUUUCCCUAUGUCGACACCUUACACUCCCAGGACGGCUCGAGGGUGCAACCAGCUCCUGUUGUCCUUGAGCGCCAAAUACAAUUUAGACCUACCAACAAGUGAGAAAAAGGGAACGCCUGCGCAGCGCGACCGUACUCUGGGCCAAAAAUGUGUGUCAGGCCUUACUUACCUCCAUUUCAAUGGGGGCAUGGAGCAUACGAUUGCGGGUUUCGAGGAAAUGGCCAACCGAAUGCUCUCGGAAUGGAUACACAAGCCCAAGCAGGACUGGGGUACUCUCCCUGCACCCACCCUGGCUACCCAAGGGACGAGGUCUUUUAUCAAUGGGAGCAUGAUAGAGAAUUCAAAGAACAUCUCUUUGGAGCAACGCGAUGAACUGCUCCAGUGCUUGCAUAAAUUGCUCGAAGACGAAAUCAGACAUAGAAGGCAAAGCCCUCUUCCGCCCGCUACUGUAGCUGUAGGGGCAUCUGCCACGGCACUGGGAAAUAAAUUGAAGGAUUUGGAAACUUCAAUGGCUAGGACUCCAAGCUAUCCGGCGCCUGGCUCGCCCGAGAUCUCGCCUUCGAAACGCAAGGCGCCGCUUGAUAGAGACGAGGUAUUUAGCACUGCUCCUAGUUCCCCUAUAAUUGACCCUUCCUAUCCUCCAAAAUCCUUUUCCUUGGACUGUGAAUUUGAUGAUGACGAUUUGGAUGAACUUCUUCCUGUUAUUUCAACUGAUGUUCCCGGUGAGGAUCAGUGCUCGCUGCGGAAAGGAAAGCAGCAAAGGAUCGAUUCAUUUUUUAAAAGCGUUCGGCGGCCAUUGAUGGAUGCUUCUCGUGACUCGUCCUCCAACGAUCCAUUCUCGUCUACAUCGAGAAUAGCAACACAGACAAACGUGAACGGGUACAUGAGGGUCUCCAAAGUAUCCACCACGAAAAGCCGGCAUCAAAACAACAACAAGAGCGGGUUACUGGACACCUUCUCGACUAUGCAAACGGGGCUAGCACAUUCCUCUUUCAUGGAGGGAACUGACACCGUGGCUACGUCGUUUGAGAGCAAUAUUGCCAAUGUGGAACGUAAACCCGAUAAAGCACCGUCUCAGGUCAACGAUUACACAUCGGAAACCUCAACGGUGGCUCUACUAAAGAGUGCCGAUUUUCAGGAGCAGUUCGCCAUGCAGCUAUCACCAGAACCAGCUAUGGACCCUACUGAUCUUAAAAUGAGGGCGUUCAUCGACACCCUGGAAACAUCGGGUCCAUUCACAUAUUCGAAAUGUGGCGACUGGCCCAGCAAUAUUCCUCUGCGAUACCGGUACGAAGUUGAAAGAGUCGCACAUUCUCGAGGGAUGGCGAUUGAAGAACUUCUCCCACAGUAUAGGCUGCCGAGCCAGGACUAUUCAGAGUUCUGGGAAUACAUUACACAAGAGAAGUCAAACAAAAGGACCAGUUUACUCGAGAAGACCAAACCUGUGGCCUGGGAAGUGGCAGUGGGUAACUUCGAGGAAAGUAGCACCAAAGACGUAGUGACUCUGACCGGCGAUCUUGAAUGGUGUGCGAAAUCGGAGCCCGGGUAUCUGAAAUUCGUUUUGAAGCCACUACGGCUGGAGAGGAGUCAUCGAUUUGCUCGUCGAUUUGGCUCAGAUCGUUUCCUUGAGAUCACAUUCCCAGCCCUAACGAAGAGCCCUGAUUAUUUGAAGAACCAAGGCCCCAUCGUCCUUCGAAGCAUUGCAACGUGGCUAGCUACUAGCUCCCACUAUCUCCUAGGAAGGACUUGGCGGGCUUUUUACCUGGAAGACGUGAAGGCUAAAAACAAAAAGGAUGGUCCAAAGAGUAAAGUGCAUCUUUUCGCUGUCAAUGGAAAUGACUUCGUUGACGCUCCGCUGUCUAUGACUGUCUCCCCCGCUGGCGAGAUGUCUGAUAAGCACACCCCGAUGACCGUGGAAGCGUUGUUCAAUUGGCACAUACCAGUUCAGGAAAAUAAAGAGUCCAAAGAUUGCAAAAUCUUCCAGCGUUUGGCACUGGGGCUUUCACGGACUAUACCGACUGUAGUCGUCCGUCCGGAACAUAUAAUCAUCCAUCCGAGACAUAUAGACAUCCCUCUAGAAGAUAGAGGCAACAUGAAAUCCUCUCAACCUGAUAUGAGUGAUGGAUGUGCACUUAUGUCCGUGUCGCUUGCAAAUCGCAUAAAAGACUGUCUGGGCCUUAAGGAGGAAAAUCCCUCCUGCUUCCAAGGUCGGAUUGCCGGUGCCAAGGGUAUUUGGAUGGUUGACGGCCGCAACAUAGCGUUCAAAGGCGAAGAGUGCAUACAAAUCAGCGGCUCGCAGCUCAAAACAAAGCCGCACCCAUCUGAUUGCAGGAUGAUGCUUGAUGACCAUCAACUGACGUUCGAGGUUGUGUCAUGGUCGAGAGAGCUUCGCCCUGUGAAUCUAAACGUGCAGCUUUUGAUGGUUUUGCAGCAUGGCGGGGUUCAAACAGACAGACUUAAGAAUCUCGUCAGAUGCGAAAUGAAUACAUGGUAUCAGGAGUUCAAAGACAUUAUUACCAAUGAGAUUGCGUCUCGCGCUUGGGUUCAAAAGCAAGGACUUUAUGAGAAGCGCAAAACAAGACGCAUUGAUGACUUCCCUACCGAAAAUGUGGAACAGGCAAUUCUACUUUUGGAUAGCGGCUUUCACCCAUUAAAGUCAGUCUACUUAAUGAAUCGUCUAAAAACAUUCCUUGACGAUUACUGUGCUCGUCUCGACAGUUUAAAAAUUAGGAUUCCCGAAUCCACUUAUGCCUACUGCAUUGCUGACCCUUACAACGUUCUGGCAGAGGAUGAAGUUCAUUUAGGGUUUUCAAAGCCCUGGGAUUCGGAGGGUUACACUGACUUGGAUGGCAUGGAUGUUCUUGUCGGUCGAAACCCGGCUCACCUCCCUAGUGAUAUCCAAAAGAGACGGGCCGUGUUCAAAAAGGAGCUUCGAUAUUUCAAAGAUGUCAUUGUCUUUCCAACCGCCGGAGCGCUGCCACUCGCCUCGAUGCUUUCUGGAGGGGAUUACGACGGUGACCAAGUGUGGACCUGCUGGGAUCCUCAGUUGGUAAAUCAAUUCACAAACGCUCCCUUUGACCCUAAAAAGAUACCAGAAAGAAAAGAAUUUGGAUUGAUCGAUUGCUCCGAAGAGUUGAAGGCAAAUUUUGAUUUUGAUGGGUUUCUGACAAAAAUGUUUGUUUUCAAUGCAGCACCCUCGCUUCUUGGGCAUUGUACAAAUGAGCACGAGAAAUUAUGUUAUUAUGAAAAUGGCAUCGCAUCAGAGGGCGCCCUCCGGCUUUCCCAUCUGCUCGGCUAUCUCGCUGACGUUCGGAAAAGCGGCCAUGAAUUAAGGCGGGAGACAUGGAUGCGCCAAUGGAAUGAACUGAGCAAAGAUAUCGGCCCAGAUGCAUUGCGAAAACCAGCCUACAAGCAAACAAGGGAAGAACUCGACUGUAGACCCAAUGAUAAAAGUAUCAUUGACGUUCUUAAAUUUGAAGUUGUUGAGGAAGAGAAGAAUCGAAUCAAGGCAGAUUUCUCUCAGUUCUGCAAGGCCCAUCAAGAAUGUCGCGAUGAUCCGGAUCUACUUGCAGCCUGGACAGAAAUGUGGGAGCGGGCCAUAUUUGAACGUGACAAUAACAAAGAUAAAACCUUGCUGAAUGCGAUCCAAAAUGUAAAAGCCCAAGUCGAGGCCGUGGCCAACGAUCGACCACGCAGAAACUGUGGCAAGUCCUUCGCAUCUGUCAUCUCCUCGACGACGGAUAUGCUUCGGAGCAUCAAGCCACCGGAGAUUGACCAUGAAUUAAGCUACACGUGGCGAAACCGGGACGACUCAUGGCAGGUCUUUCUAGCAUCCUGCGCGUACAGGCUAUAUCCGAAAGGCGACUUCCCCUGGCUGGCAGCUGGUCCUACACUUUGCGAGAUCAAAGCUCGUGCGGUUGGGCCAUAUCGGAUGGUGACUAUGCCGGUAUAUCAGACGCUCAGGGUCAAUCAUCGAGCCGCAAAGCGAGUGCAGGAAGCUGCUAGUGUUAGCCGUGAAGAUAUCGACCGAACGCUUGAUGAAUUGGAUGUGGCCUAUCCUGAAUUACAGGAUUCUGAUGACGACGAGGACGAUAGUUUUGAUGAUUGGAAGUCAUUUGCGACGUGAUUAACAGCUAUUCUUCUUCAUAUUGCCUCGUCUUGUGGGUUUAUAUUGACUUGGACAUUUGAUGUUUUUUGGAGCAUUUGGAGAUUUGGCGCCAUGAAUAGAGUAACUUAUUUGUCGAUGGCCAGCUACCCCUUUGCAUAGUGGCUCCGCAUUCAUUCCAUUUCUUUCUUGUGAAGAUAUGAAAAUGACGAUCGAAGAGAG